AUGUCAUUUUCAUUUGAAUCACCAUUCUUGUCUGUGACUCAGGACGGUUCUGGCUCUGGCUCUGGCUCUGGCUCUGGCUCAGGUUGUGGUUCCGGUUCUGGCCCUGGUUCUGGCUCUGGUACUGGCACACGAGGUGAAGCAAUAAAUGUGUCGCCUAUACGUGUCGAUGCUCUCUCCAAUAGAGUUCACUUACAAGUUGAUCAAUUAAGGAAAGAGAACGCUCAAUUGAAGGCGGAGAUUAUUACUUUAAAAGACAAACUUGAAGAACAAUCGAAACUCAUUGCAUUAUUGCAGAACAAUUCUAGUGUAAAAGUCGGAGACUCCUCUUCAAGUUUCAGUCCCAUAAAUGCUCAAGCUAGCUAUCCCAAAGGAACAGUGGCUUUUGAUGGAGAUACCAUCAAUCCUCUUAUAUCCCCAUCCAAACAGCAAAAACAAGCCGAUAAAGAUUCUCCAAUAAUUCCUGAACGUAACAGUAAAAGAAAGACAUUCAUCGGGCCCACUCCUCUGGCAACCACUCCCACAAACAACAACAACAACCGUGCUUCCGUGAAUAGUUCGAAUUACUCACCAUAUGAGCCUGAGGGAUUAGGACUUAUAACAACUCCAAAGAGAGGGUUGUCCACACCAUUUGUUGCUGAACCAAAAGAGACUGUUGUAGCUCAAGAAUUGCUUAUCACUUCUUCAAUUCAACCAAUACUUGGAUCAUCUCCUCGGAGAGUUUAUUCUCCAAGGAAGCGAGAGAGAACUGCAACCUCUCCUUUGAAAUCGGAUUUUUCAGUUCCGAAUAACAUAGAUUCAGAAAUUCUUCCUUCUGGUACUGCUGUUAGUGUUACUACUACUAGCCUUACUGCUAGCCCUAUUUCUAGUCCAAGCCCUAAUUCAGGCCCUGGAGAAAAUGUUACAUCCAAACUUAUGAAGCUGAGCUUGAGCAACGAUAAUGAAAAACCACCCUCAAUAAUUGAAGAACCUGCAUCAGAUGUGGGUCCAUCUCUUUCUUUUGCUGGUCUAGCAGAGCCGGAUAAAACUUUAACUGACCCACAGCCUUUCACCCAUCGAAAUUCACCACAGCCGUACUUGCAAAAUGACGAUGUCGAAAAUGCUCCAUCUACAGAGGAUAGGUUUGAAACAGAAAUUUUAUCAGAAACAACAUCUCUCUAUUCUGUUACAUCAAAAAACUCAGACAAGAAAACUAAAUCGAAAGCACCGGCACAACCUUUGCCAAACACGCCAAUGAUCAACCAGACUCCAGGAUUUACAGAUAGUGAGUGGAAAGCACUUUUAAUAAAGCCAGAUAGUAUCGACACUACUUUGGUCUCCGUCUACAGUGUAAUUGAUCCUGCUAACCCUACCAAGAAGACUGACGACCCAGUGAUAACUCUAGGAAUCAACUACUUUGACCAGCUAGAUCAGAAAUUGCUGUUCAAGGUAAAGAAGAGGUAUUCGCAGCUCCAAGAGGUCGACCAAAUAUUUCGUCCGUUUUUCUUUGAUCUUCCCGAUUUACCUGAGAAAACUCUGUUUUUGAAAACCACACCAAAUACGAUUGACGACAGAAGAAGUUUAUUGACUCAAUACUUUAACAAGGUCUACGAUUUGAAGAUCCACCCUGCUGAGUUUGCUCGACCAUUCUGUACUUUCUUCUCUGCAGACGCUGUUUUUGACUUCGAAGAUCCCAGUGUUAAGGAAGCUUAUUUUUUGAGAAGGAACAGCAACAGAUUGCAUUCUUCCUCUUGGAGAAUCGUUCAUGUGCAACUUGACCAAGGCCAAAGGUUGAUCAUAUCGGAUACUCCUAUACUUGAUCAUGGCUUAUCAUCACGACAGCAAGUCAUCUCUAUAAGGGACAGUACCUUCUAUUUCGAAGAGGAGUUAUCCACAGGUGGGAUCUCCAUACUUGAACCUAGGAGGAAGGGGGUACUUUCUUCAUCUGGUUCAAAGAUCACUCUAUGUUGUGAAUCUUAUGAGGAGGCAAAACAAUGGAUCAAUUUGCUGAAUAAUUUGAAGAGCAUGCAUGCCAAUACGUUGAUAUCACCGGUCAAGCAGGAUUCAAACACCAGCAAUUCUAGCUUUUAUAACAGAUCCUCCUCCACAGUGAACAGCCCAAAAGUUGAAUCGGGCUCAGGAAACCUGAAUACCCUUUCGUCUACGAGGUCCACUGCAAACAACUAUGACGAGGUAUCAACCCCAUCGAGUGCCAAAAAGACACUCAAAAUUGGUGGCCUGUUCAAGACUAGGCGUGAAAAGGAUAGCUCAGAAACUGUCAGUAUCAAUGAUGAUACCUUUAUUUCCAACGAAUUUGACACAUUAAAAUCUACUCCCUAUAGUGCGUACACUCCUACCAUUAAUAGUGGUCAGAAUAAUUCAUCAAAUGAGACUCAGAAAGAGUAUUUGCCCAAACUUGUCUUUAACUCUCCCGAAAAGUUUUCAGAUGCACCCAGAUUGUUUGGAACUUCUUUAGCUGAUGCAUUAGAAGUUUCUUCUAUGGAUUAUAAUGGACAUUUAGUUCCUAGCAUUGUUGGACGGUGCCUGAUGUAUCUCGAUUCCCAAAAAGGAGAAUAUCAAGAAGGUCUGUUUCGAUUGAGUGGCAUGACCCUAGAAAUUAAGAAUUUACAGGACAAAUUCGACACAAAUUACGAUGUGGACUUAAUGCUUUUGCCUGAAAAGCCAGAUGUGCAUUCCGUGACGACACUAUUGAAACGAUUCUUACGUACGUUGAAGGAGCCAAUUGUCAAUACAGAUGUUUCAAAAGAGCUUCUUCAGUUCUACCCUGAUCUUUCGAAGCAUCAACAUGAAGAAGAGGUGAAAAAAGCAGUGUCAAAAUUACCUACAGCAAAUUGUGAUCUGGUUACGGUUUUCUUUUCUUAUUUGAGAAAAAUUGUAGCUAACCAGGAUAUCAACAAAAUGGGUGUUGGUAAUCUGGGGAUCAUUUUUGCUCCAAACUUUGGAUGUUCAAGAGACUGUAUAGAAGUUCUAUUAGAAUAUUUGUAA